CGUUCAUUCACUCCAUACACAAACAAGCCUUCACGAGUGCAGUUCCGCCCAUACCUUAACCUUUUCACAGACGCUCUGAUUUCCAGGUACAUAAUGAAUUGGCUCAUCGCAGGCUCAGUGCCUCUUGUUAUCAUAGGCUUCUGGAUUUACACAAGCGCCCUGAGCUUGUCCUUCCCAACCCUCCAGAACAAGCGCAUCUUGUUACUCAUCGCCCAUCCUGACGACGAGGCCAUGUUCUUUGCGCCUGUUCUACUAUCUUUGACGCGUCCGGAGCUUGGUAAUCACGUGAAAAUCUUAUGUUUGAGCAGUGGCGAUGCGGAUGGCCUAGGUGAAACGCGCAAGAAAGAGCUCAUUAAGAGUGGUCUUCAACUUGGUAUUGGUAGCAAAGACGACAUUCACGUUGUCGAAGACAAGAACUUCCCCGAUUCCAUGACCGUCACGUGGCAUCCUCGUCUCAUCUCCAACCUUCUGACCAGCACGUUUGCCCCAAAAAUGUCUUCGAUUUCAGCCAAGGACGCUCCACAGGCCAACAUCGAUGUCAUCGUCACCUUUGACGCCCAUGGCAUCUCCGGUCAUCCAAACCAUAUAUCGCUUUACGGUGGCGCACAUGCGUUUUUGAAGGCGCUCAUGCACAGGCAUAACGGUUGGGAAUGUCCAAUCAAGCUCUACACACUGACCACCACUACAAUAUUCCGGAAAUACGCAAGCUUGAUUGACGCUCCUGCUACGCUGAUAGCCGCCAUUGUAGCGAGGAAGGAACUUGGCAGUUUCCCGACGCCUCUAUUGUCUGUGAGCUCUCCGUUCGCUUAUAGGACCGCACAAAGAGCCAUGACGACUGCACACGAGAGUCAGAUGCGCUGGUUUCGUUGGGGCUGGAUCGGGCUCUCACGCUACAUGAUCAUAAAUGACCUGAAAAAAGAGAAGACUUUGUGAAGUCAGCCAGUAGCGUCGAAGUUUAGAGGUGUCGAUGUUGGAUUGGAGACACGUCCGAGGUCUGUUCGUUCAUCUAUCGCCCACAUUUGAGGUACUGAACCAUUGAGCCAAACUCCACAAGCCUGCUCCCACGAUCGCGCAGAACAGCAAAUUUUUGAGAACAGUCGUUCGCGCAACCGACUCAGCGCACCUAACAACAGCG